UUUCUCCUCCCUCUCUACCCCCUCUCUCUCUCUCUCUGUGAACUAGCAAAAGAAAGAGAGCAGAUCUGGACUUUCCAAGGCAAGCCGAAGAAAGGAAAAGGAAAUGACGACCGAGCUCAUAGCGACGCAUCGGGACAACGCCGAGGUCUACAAAGGGGACUCUCUGUGCAAGCUCAAGUCCCGCGAGCUCCUCUCCGCGAUCAACCUCCCCAAGGGCCUUCUCCCCCUGGAUGACAUCGUCGAGGUCGGCUACAACCGCUCCACCGGUUUCGUCUGGGUCCAGCAGCGCAAGCCCAAGGUCCACCGCUUCCGCGCCGUCUCCCGCAGCGUCUCCUACGACGCCGAGAUCACCGCCUUCGUCGGGGACCGCCGGAUGAAGCGGCUCACCGGGGUCAAGAGCAAGGAGCUCCUGUUCUGGGUCACCGUCUCCGACAUCUACAUAGACGGGAACGACCCGGCCAAGGUAGCCUUCGCGAACCCGACCGGGCUCUCGCGGUCUUUCCCGGUGUCGGCCUUCGAGGAGGAGGAGGAGGAUGGGGAGGGCCGGACUGGCGGUUGAAGCACGAUUUCGAUUCCAGAUGUCGGAGGAAUGGAUCGGGAAUAGCCGGAGAUGAUCUGUGGGUAAUUGUGGAAUUAGAUCUUUUUUAUGACUUAAUUAGCCGUGUUUUCAUAUGGGAUUAUUGCUGAAUUUCAAAUUAAUGUAAUUAGCUUGGUUGGUUGUGCAAUUGGGAUGGUGUCGGUAAGGGGCUGCAAUGUCUUGCUGUUGGAGGAGCGAAGAUUACUUCAUGCGUACCCACCACGCGACGGUCCGUCAAUUCAUGUCAGAGAGAUUAAGAGAUUUUUGAGACUGCAGAGACCACACCAUUGUCUGAUUGGCUAUGCAAACCUGUCUCUUGUAUUUUGGCCGACCCAAAAGAAGGAAAAGAAUCUAUCUCUUUUUUGUCUUCCAAUUUUGGCUUUUUAUUUUUUUCUUGAGAUUUUGAUGAGAUAUGAUGAAAUGCAUGAUGCUGUAGGUAUUGAUUGA